UUGAUUUUUGAAAAUCACACGAAACAAUUUUUCUUAAAUCGUCAGCCGUGCUCAAUAUAAAAUAAAAUAAUAUAUUAUCAGAGUGGUUGGAAUUCAAUAAAAGAAUGUUUUUAUGGGAGUGGCUUACCGGAAUUUUGACUUCUUUAGGACUAUAUAAAAAAAAUGGGAAGCUUGUAUUUUUAGGGUUAGAUAAUGCUGGGAAAACAACACUUUUACACAUGUUGAAAGAUGAUAAGAUGGGCCAACAUGUACCCACCUUACACCCAACAUCGGAAGAACUCUCAAUGGGUGGCAUGAAAUUCACUACAUUCGAUUUAGGUGGGCAUCAACAAGCCAGGAGAGUGUGGAAAGACUAUUUUCCAGCUGUUGAUGGUGUCGUUUUUUUAAUCGAUUCUUGUGACCGAUCUCGUUUCAUUGAAUCAAAACACGAAUUAGACAGCCUCCUAACGGAUGAACAAAUAGUUAACUGCCCUAUCUUAAUACUAGGCAACAAAAUCGAUAAACCAACUGCUGCCAGCGAAGAUGAAAUCAGACAUUACUUUUGCCUGCACGGUCAAACAACUGGAAAGUGCAAAAUUCCUCGACAAGAAAUCCAAGGAAGACCGUUAGAACUUUUUAUGUGCAGCGUUCUCAAACGACAAGGCUAUGGGGAGGGUUUUAGAUGGCUAGCUCAAUACAUCGACUAAACCAAUAAUAUAUGUAUCGAGAUACCGAAUAUUUGUGUAAAAUAUCUUAAAACAAACAAAAUUUAUUUAUAAAAUAAAAAUGUAUUCCUUAAAUCGAUAUUAUUUUAUCAUUUUCCAAUUAUACCGGUUGCAACUAUAAAAAAACACAACCAUUACUAAAAGCAAAAAGCACUUCUAAAUCGUUGAUUUGAAACUGAAACAUUUUCCUCAGCAAUAUCGAAAUACUUAUUUUAGAUAUCUAUAUAAAG